AUGAGCUCGGGGAUAUAUCGGAAGCGUCUAGCUUGUGUUGAAUGUACACGUCGCAAGGUCAAAUGUGACAAGAUCCUGCCAUGUCGAAACUGUGCCAGAAAAGGUAUUUCGUGUACUCGACCGCGAGACCGGAGUUCUCCGGUCUCAAGUAUCGAGCAUACUGGCAGACAGGAUGAGGGAUCCUUCACCAGCCCUACUGCUGAAGCACUGGAUAUUAUUCAACGGCUCGAAUCUCGAAUCAAGCAACUUGAAACGGAACUGGAAGAAACCAGGGCCAGGGAAAUUCAGCAACCAACGCCGACGGUCAGGUCAGCUUCUACACCCAGAUUACCAACGACACCUUCACCCAGAGCAGUGCAAACCUCUACUCUUGAUCCGGGAGAUUCAUCAGGGGAGGUGGAAGACGCAGCAACAAUCCUCGAGUUUCUAGCAUGGGGACGUCGCAAAGACCCAACGUACCAGGACGCAAUCAUCCAAAACAGUAAGCCGGAUCACUCGCCAGGAGAUGUGACGGUCGAAGAUGAAAUUGACUACACACGUUCCCCUGGAUACAUGCCUUCAUCAAUAUGCCAAAUGCUUCUACCGACCCAGCCAAAAGUCUACCAAUUAGUCAAAUAUCAUGUGGACUGUCUACUCUGGUACCACGGCGCAUUGCACGCCACAACAUUCAUGCAAGAACUCAGCGAGUUCUACAACGAGCAUAACGGACAGAUCGAUGCGCCAGGUGUAGAUUUACAAUGGGUAGCUCUUCUCUUCACCAUCCUCACAGGGUCAAUGACCUGCGCGCCCCGUAGCGUCGCUCAAUCCUGGGGAUUCCACAGCGAGGAACAAGAUACUCUAUCAAAGCGCUGGCUGAAAGCCAGCACAACAUGCCUCCAACAAGCAGAAUACAUGGCAUAUCACUCCAUCUAUUCCGUGCAGGCCAUUGCAACUCUCACAAUCUCCGCACAUAUGCUCGGAUACUCAAACGGAUUAUCCGUCCUACUCGCCUCAGCCGUCCGCAUCGCCCAAGGACUCGGCCUCCACCAACUAGGAGAAGAAAAAGAAAGAAACAACAACAACACAGGCACAAACAAUCUAAUAAACCGCGAAAUCGGCCGACGAGUCUGGUGCCAACUCUGCAUCCAAGACUGGUUCUCAAUCCCCUUCACAGAAAGCUACCUCCUCCACCAUCAAGGGUUCACAACACCCAAACCCCAAAACAGCGAUGAUAACAUGAACCCCCUUCCAGACCACACUCCAACAGUAACCAGCUAUUCCCGUCUCUUCUACGAUAUCGCCGCCCUAAUGCCAAACCUCCAAGACGCCAUCUCGGCCUCUAAUACCCCCUACACAAAAUACGAACAAGUCCUCAAAUACGAUCGCAAGUUGCGGACCCUCGCGACGAAACAUUUACCCUAUUUUCUCCAGAAUGUUCCCCUGGACCCGAAUUGGCCAUGUUAUGCCCCGUGGGCGCGGCGCAGUCUGGCUAUUAGUUCUGCACACAAGGUUAUCAUGAUCCAUCGGAAAUUCCUCAGUGCUAGCUUUUCGAAUCCCUUGUUUGUGUUUACGCGGAAGACGUGCGUCGCGGCUUCGAGGACUAUUAUUAAGGAGCAGAUGGAGGCUGUUAGGGAUGGGGGGCCAGUACUUUGGAUUCAUCAGGCUUUUAGUGUUACGGCUAGUAUCAUCUUAUGUCUAGAUCUUUUUCAUCAGACUGGACCGGAGCGCGAGUCUUCGGAACAUAGACGGCUUAUUGAUGGCGGAAUUGAGAUAUUGUCUCAGUACAUCUGA